AUGGACGACAUGACGUUCCUGGUGCCAGAGCCCCGUGCCCCGCCAAAAGAGCCACAGUCGCAGCAGCAGCAGCAGCAGCAGCAGCAGCAGCAGCAGCAGCAACAACAGCAGCAACAGCAGCAACACCCCGGCGUCCCAAUGGACCCCGCGGCUCACUUUGCUUCACUCAACCUUCACGUUGACGAAGAGCGGUCAGGCUCUCGGCCCUCGCCUGCGCAGGCGCAGGCGCAGGCGCCGCCGGUUUCUACGGAGCUCCUGCCGAACCCCCCGAUUGCAAGCCCGACGUCGCCCGCGACCUUGAACCCCAACUUGAUUCAAGGCAUCCCAAUGAUGCCGCAGCCCAUCCAGUCCUUCCACCACUCAGUCUUUGCUGAAGACUCGAGCGAUGGUAGCGCCCAUACUGGCCCUAUCCGGCCCAAGGUGUCGGAUCGGACAUCGCGGUCUGCGAGCCCCUACCAGACGCCGAAUCGGAGCAUUACGCCCGAAUCAGAGCUGUCGUACGAUGACUCGGAACUCGGUGAUGCGACACGCAUGGUCCAGUGGCGCUUCCCGUCGGCCAACAUGCAGUCGACUGACUCGCUGCACCCCAUGGACGCCUACUCGCGUCCGUCGGGUGGUCCCGCGAUGCAGAAUGCGCGGUACCCGAGCAACGUGCGGGGCACGCGCAGGCACAUGCGCGCGGCGGUGUCGGAAGACUUCCAGGGCCGUGUGCGGGAGCCCGUGGCGAACUGGGGCCACUCGGUCGACCUAACGCGCGAGCCCUUUUCGCCCUUUUCGUUGCUUUCGCCGCACUCGAGCGCCGGUAGCGAUCAGGGGAGCAGGGCGGUGUCGCCAGACGUGGCGUUGUGGGCCGCAACGCAAGAGUCGCAGCGUCUGCAGAUGCAGUCGGGUCGUACGUCGCCCGCGCAGAGCGACGCUGCGACGCAGCUGUCGGGCAGCUCGACUGCAGCGUCGUCUCCCGAUGCCAAGGCCGUGCAGACGGCCGCACAAACGCGUACGCCCAUUGUGACUACGAGUGCGGCCCAGGCGGCAUCGGCGUCGCGCCGCAAAGCCGAGGCCCUCUUCACUUGUCCGUUCCCCGACUGCGACUCGACCUUUACUCGGCAGUACAAUUUGCGUGGCCAUAUGCGCUCUCAUAUGGACCAGCGCCCGUUCAAGUGUGAGUGGCCGGGAUGCGGGCGCAGCUUCGCACGGACGCACGACUGCAAGCGCCACCAUAACUUGCACCUAAACAUCAAACCCUACUCGUGCGAAAGUUGCGGCAAGACCUUUGCCCGACUCGACGCUCUGAACCGCCAUCACAAGAGCGAAGCUGCUAGAUGA